UUUCCCUUCAGUAGAAAGGUCAGUAACUGGGUAGCACAUUUUAAGGUACAGGGCAGAGGUUUAGAGUUCAUGUGAGAAAAAGAACUACACACAAAGGCCAGUGAGUGUUUGGAAUUCACAUUUGAAAGGAUGAUAGAAACAAGGAUUACCAAGACUUUAAAAAUUAUUUGGCUGAGCACAUGAAAUGCCAUAGCAUAAAAGCCAAGUGCUGGAAAAUGGUAAUGGAAUAGAUGUUUGACUACCGCACAGCAAUGAUAAGCCAAAAGGCCUUUUUCCAAACUAUAAAAACUCAACAAGCAAACGUGAACUCUGUUCCCCUCCACCGAUGCCGACUGACUUGCUGAGUAUUCCCAACACUUGCAUCUGCUGUACAGUACUUUGCUUGUAAAAGUACUCAACUUUUCUGAAUUGGUUUCCAUUUCACUAUUUUUUUUUCCUCUCUGUGAAACUCCUGAAGCCAUGCCAUGUUAAAAGUGCCCCACCAAAAAGAAGCAUUCUUCAUCCAUUGCCAAGAACGGAUUGGAUAUUGGUUUGGGCUGGACUACAGCCUAGCCAUCACCUUGCAGGAAGGUCGUGAUGACGUCCUCUAUGCACGUGCCAGGGCUGCGUCAAGCGGACGCACGGCGCAGGCGCAGAGUCCAGCUUGCGGAUCGGGGCCGUGCUUGUCAGAAAAGGAGAUAAAGUUUUAUUUUCCAACAAAAUCUCGGAUGAAAAGAUGUCGGGCCGGUCGGUGAGAGCAGAGACACGCAGCCGAGCCAAAGAUGACAUCAAAAAGGUUAUGGCAGCUAUCGAGAAGGUCCGAAAAUGGGAGAAGAAAUGGGUGACGGUGGGUGAUACAUCAUUGCGGAUCUUUAAAUGGGUACCAGUGACUGACCCUAAAGAGGAUAUCCGAGCUCCCCGAAUGACUCAAUUGGACAAAGCAAAAUCGAAGAACAGUCUUGAAACAAAAAGUACAAAGGGAGACAAAGGCUUCCAGCUGCUGCCUGUGUCAGAUAACAGCUCUUCCCCCAUCCUCCUGGAACUGAAUGAUGAGACCAGUAAUCAGAGCUCCUUAUCAGAUGCCUACCAGGUAAAAGUGGACAGCAGUACAAACUCGAGCCCCAGCCCGGAGCAAAGUGAGCCUGUCAGCCCAACGCUUCUGUCUGAUUUUAAAGCAGAUGACUCUCAGCCUCCCAUGCUUGGGCAGGAAAGCAUGGAAGAACCUUCCCUUCCUUCCUCAGAAGUAGGAGAUGACCCUCCAAUGCUUACAAAGGAGGAGCUGGUUCCCUUGCAGCCUCAGGUUGUGGAAGAGGAGGAUGAUGAAUAUUCAGGGGCACCACCACUGAAGAGGGUAUGCACUGGACAGAAUGCUGUGACCCAGCCAGUAACCGAGAGCUAACCCAGAAUCUCAAUUUGGCUCUUUGCCAUGGUACAAUCUGACUUGACCAUCACACAUAUGACUGACUUUGAAGAAUGAUAUUUAUUUUCUACUUUUAAUGAAUUGUGAUGGUUGUGACUUUGGAGUCUGAAUUUAUAAUGUUUCUGUAUUGCAGGAUGAUGUCCCUUUUGUUGGGCAUAGUUCAUGGCUCCAUUGGGUCUUCCAAGUUGAAGACACUUUUAUAUUGAUGGUGUCAAAAGUAUAACCUAAUAUAAAAGAUAUGCUCUCCUUGCCUCUGAAUUGUGUCUAACAUUUGGUUUUCAUCAAUCUUAAAAUUACCUAUUGGAAGUAAGAACACAUGGGCUUCCUUCUUAUUGACCCACUACAGGGAUUGAUUGCACACUGCUACAGUAUAGAGGGAGGAGCACAGACUUCAGGACUGUUCUUUUGGAGCCCUAACAUCAAUAUGAAAGUGCCUUGACAUUGAAGUGCCUCCAAUCUUAAUCAAGGCUAAAUGAGCUUACUGAUGACAGAUUUGUGCUAAGAUUGAUUCUUGACUCUAUCCCGAAAUUUUUAGUUUUCAUCCUGAAAUCCUCCUUAUGAUACAAAGUUGCGCUUUAUCAUUUGUAGCCAAGGAAAGCACAAUAGGGUGCAGUUUAAAAAAAUUGAAUUGUUGAAGUUGGAUGGCUAUAUGGAAGUAUUUGGUAAAACAUAAGAACUAGGAACAGGAGUAAGCCAUGUGACUCCUCAAGUCGGCUUUGACAUUUAGCAAGAUCAUGGAUGAUCUGAUCUUGGUCUCAGUUUCACUUUUCUGCUUCUUCCUCUCAACCCUUGAGUCCUUAUUGUUCAAACUUCUGUCUUUCUCAACCUUGAAUAUAGUCAAGGAUUCAACUUCCACAGUGCGGUGGGUAGAGAUUUCCAAAGAUUCUUCUUCAUAUUUAUCUUAAAAGGGCAGUCCCUUAUUCUGGAACUAUACUAUACAUUCCUCAGGAUAAUGCGUUCCAAUAAGAACAUCUCCCAUUCUCUUAACCUCUGAGUACAGAUCCAACCUUUCUUCAUAAAAUAACCCAAAAAAUAAACACAUAAGUAUAUUGAAAAAUGCAUUUUCUGGAGUUCAUUAUUUAAUAAAUUUGCUUCAGUGAAAAAGAAUGGAAAGUCUUGUGAAAGAACAGGUUUCAUUUUUAAGUUAAUGUAAGCCGUUGCUAUAUCUUUGACAUAUGUGGAAAAUGAUGCACUUAAUUUUCAGUGAUACUGAAUCAAUCUUUUAUACUUUGUUUAACCAGGACUUGCAUUUUUCACUAGGGAGAGCACAAUGGUGGCUCAGAGAUGAUUUAAAAAUACGCAUAGAAAAUAGAUUCUGUUCUUUAGUUUAUUUGCUUUCAGUCAACAAGCAGCCAGGCUUAUUGUGACAAUGGUGUGAGUGUUAGUGACUUGACAACUGAAUUGGAUUUAACUGUACUUCACUCCACAUUUAAAUCAUCCAUUGGCACUGAUUCCACAGGUUCACACAGUAACCACUUUGUCAAAAGAGGGGAGUAUAUAGCUGUAUACGGAACAUAUCCCACCUGGGAGUUGGUAUGAUGAGAGGAGGAAGGAAGAAAAUCUCCACCCAAACACCAAACCAUUCACAUUCUGUUACUUCAUUUACUGAAUCAAAUUGCCAACUGUCUUGCAGCUGAUUUUACUGAAAUCAGACCAUUUCUUAUCUGGAGAUGAUCCCAGAUUGAACAUCAGAAGUGGAAUGUAAAUGGUAAUACUAAUCAACCAACCAUUUUAAGGAUAAGUACAAUAUAUGAAGGUCCUUAAGCAUUUUGAUCCUUAUAUAAUACACUGGUUAUCAGGUUACAAUAUUUCAAUGUUUAUUGAAACAUCACUGUCUAUAUUAAUUGUUAGCUGGAAUAUUACCAACAGAUUAAUACUUUAUGAAACCCCAUUUGGCUUACAUUAAGAAUUAUUGUCUAAGCGUGGCUCGAGGGGUCUGCAGUUUGUGUGGACCAUCUCUGAUCCUGCAAGAGCCAAUCAACACUUUCAGGAAGGAAAAUAAUUUUCAAAAAUUGGGUAUUCAUUUCCUGAUUUUAUUAUAAACCGAUUGUCUACCUUCAGUUUCUCAAUGCUUUUCUAUACAAUUUUUUAUUGCCUUUUUUGGCACAAGAAUACAGGAAAUUAAUCCAUUAAUUACACAGCAAAAAGACAGUUCACAGUAAUGUUUAAUAUUUUUCUUCUUAUCCAACUAUACUUGGAAAGUGUUCUUUUUAAUGGAAGUUUCUACCUAUAAAUAGUGCUCCUGCCAAAGUAUCUCCUUUCUGCCUUGCAUAUGCAACCCAAACCCAUUCAGGCCCUGCACCAUGAUCUACACUGACUAUGUUGCCUAGAUGUGAGUACUAGUGUUUUUUUUAGUUAGAUACAGUAUUUAACUUCUGAUGCUUACUUGUCUCAUUUUUAUCUUUAUUAAUGUAACUCUCCCCUCUUUCAUGGAUCAACCCAAAUGUAAAGCUACUCAGUGUCUCAGUUUAGUUAUGAUGUGGAGGUGCUGGUGUUGGACUGGGGUGGACAAAGUUAAAAAUCAUACAAGACCAGGUCAGAGUCCAAAAGGUGGAUUUGGAAGUACAAGCUUUCAGAGUGCUGCUUCUUUGUCAGGUAGCUAGUGGACCAGGAUCAUAG